AUGGCGGAUCAUAACCAUGGUUUACAGACAGGUGCCCAAUCGAGCAACACCUCGUCCGAUGCAGCUCCAAAUCACUUAAGAACUAACAUCGAGCCUGGUCAAUUCGACGAAAAAAAUGGUGGUGUUCAAACACAAACUGUCCCUGCUGUUACCAAACAUGAGGAAGAGGAAGAGGAAGAUGAGGACAUGGACGCAUUGAUCGAUGAACUCGAAUCUCAAGAUGGUCAUGCUGAAGAUGAAGAGGCCGAGGAAGAAAAUGGUCCUGCUGCAGAGCGUCUGGUCCCAGAAGAUUUACUUCAAACAGAUACUCGCAUUGGUCUUACCGACUCUGAGGUUCAAGCUCGUCGUAAGAAGUGGGGUUUGAAUCAAAUGAAGGAAGAGAAAGAUAACAUGUUCUUGAAGUUCCUUGGGUACUUUAUCGGUCCUAUUCAAUUCGUUAUGGAGGCUGCUGCUGUUCUUGCUGCGGGUCUACAAGAUUGGGUCGAUUUCGGUGUCAUUUGCGCACUUCUUCUCCUCAACGCUACUGUCGGUUUUGUUCAAGAAUACCAAGCUGGUUCCAUUGUCGACGAACUGAAGAAGACUCUUGCUUUGAAAGCUGUUGUCCUUCGUGAUGGUCGUCUGUAUGAGAUUGAAGCUCCUGAGGUUGUUCCUGGUGAUAUUCUUCAAAUUGAAGAAGGUACCAUUAUCCCUGCCGAUGGUCGUAUCGUCACCGAAGAUGCGUUUCUUCAGGUCGAUCAAUCUGCCAUUACUGGAGAGUCUCUUGCUGUCGAUAAACAUAAGGGUGAUACAUGUUAUGCAUCUUCUGGUGUCAAACGUGGUGAAGCUUUCAUGGUGAUUACUGCCACUGGAGAUCACACAUUCGUUGGACGUGCAGCAGCUUUGGUCAAUCAAGCUUCGACAGGAACCGGUCAUUUCACCGAAGUCUUGAAUGGUAUAGGUACGGUUCUUUUGAUCCUGGUCAUCUUCACUAACUUGGUUGUCUGGAUUUCCUCAUUCUAUCGCUCGAACCCAAUCGUUCUUAUCCUUGAAUAUACUCUAGCCAUCACGAUUAUUGGUGUCCCGGUCGGUCUCCCAGCUGUCGUUACUACAACCAUGGCUGUCGGUGCCGCCUAUCUGGCCAAGAAGAAAGCUAUCGUCCAGAAGUUGUCCGCUAUUGAGUCACUUGCAGGUGUCGAAAUUCUUUGCUCGGACAAGACUGGUACAUUGACCAAGAACAAGCUCUCUCUCGCCGAACCAUUUACUGUUCCAGGCGUUGAGCCUGAUGAUCUCAUGUUGACUGCUUGUCUUGCUGCCUCUAGAAAGAAGAAGGGUAUCGAUGCCAUUGAUAAGGCUUUUUUGAAAUCUCUUCGUUACUAUCCACGCGCCAAGUCUGUCCUGUCCAAGUACAAAGUCUUAGAGUUCCAUCCUUUCGAUCCUGUUUCCAAAAAAGUUCAAGCUGUUGUCGAGUCGCCCCAGGGAGAAAGAAUUAUUUGUGUCAAGGGAGCUCCACUCUUUGUAUUGAAGACUGUUGAAGAAGAUCACCCAAUUCCCGAGGAGAUUGAUCAAGCCUACAAGAAUAAGGUUGCCGAAUUCGCUACUCGUGGUUUCCGUUCUCUUGGUGUUGCACGAAAGCGUGGUGAGGGUCAGUGGGAGAUUUUGGGUAUUAUGCCUUGCUCUGAUCCACCACGUCAUGAUACCGCCCGUACUAUCAAUGAGGCCAAGACUCUCGGUCUUUCCAUCAAAAUGUUGACUGGUGAUGCUGUCGGUAUCGCUCGUGAAACUUCUAGACAACUUGGACUUGGCACUAACGUUUAUAAUGCUGAGCGUCUUGGACUCGGUGGUGGUGGAGAUAUGCCUGGUUCUGAGGUCUAUGAUUUCGUCGAAGCCGCUGAUGGAUUUGCUGAGGUUUUCCCCCAACACAAAUACAAUGUUGUUGAAAUCCUUCAACAGCGUGGAUAUCUUGUGGCUAUGACCGGAGAUGGUGUCAAUGACGCUCCAUCACUCAAGAAGGCCGAUACUGGUAUCGCCGUAGAAGGCGCUUCUGAUGCCGCCCGCUCAGCAGCUGAUAUCGUCUUCUUAGCUCCUGGACUUGGUGCUAUUAUUGACGCUCUCAAGACUUCUCGACAGAUUUUUCAUCGCAUGUACGCCUACGUUGUCUACCGUAUCGCCUUGUCAAUCCAUCUUGAGAUUUUCCUUGGUCUUUGGAUCGCAAUCUUGAAUAGAUCUCUCAACAUUGAAUUGGUCGUCUUCAUCGCCAUUUUUGCAGAUGUUGCAACUCUUGCUAUCGCAUACGACAAUGCACCAUUCUCCAAAACUCCUGUUAAGUGGAACCUUCCAAAAUUGUGGGGUAUGUCCGUUCUUCUUGGUUUUGUUCUCGCCAUCGGCACCUGGAUUACUCUCACGACCAUGAUCGCUCGCGGUGAAGAUGGUGGUAUCGUUCAAAACUUUGGUGUUCUUGAUGAGGUUGUCUUCCUUGAGAUCUCCCUCACCGAGAAUUGGUUGAUUUUCAUCACACGUGCCAAUGGUCCUUUCUGGUCAUCACUUCCAUCGUGGCAAUUGACUGGCGCUAUCCUCGUCGUCGAUAUUAUCGCAACAUUCUUCACCCUAUUCGGUUGGUUCGUUGGAGGUCAAACUUCAAUUGUUGCCGUUGUCCGUAUUUGGGUGUUCUCAUUCGGUGUCUUCUGUAUCAUGGGUGGUGUAUAUUAUCUACUUCAAGAUAGUGCUGGUUUUGACAAUCUUAUGCAUGGCAAAUCACCAAAAAAGAAUCAAAAACAAAGAUCUCUGGAAGAUUUCGUCGUCUCACUCCAGCGUGUCUCCACACAACACGAAAAGUCGGCAUAG